AGAAAAAGUUCUUCGUAUAUUUUAGCCAUCGAUCGAAGCAGUUUUCAAGACACGAAGGGAGUCCUAUCAGAAAAUUUUCGACUACCGACUUGCCUAUGGUGUCACCACUGCACUCUAUCAGUUUACCGUUUGAUACUAUGUUAUAUAAACUUAUCUGUAUUUUUUUGUUAGGAGUUUAUAAGUCAGACGUGUUAAAUUAACCGAAUUUAAUUAGUCUAAAACUAGGAACUUUUGUUUUAUCUAUGUUGGUUUGGGUUGUGUUUUCCUCGUUGCUCGCAACCAGCUGUUUGUAAACAUUGGUCUAUGUUUAUUAUAGCAAGAAUGAAUAUCUCGUUAUAGAAACUGAUGUAUGAGAUUGAUUUAAAACGCUCAUAAUCUGCUUUAUUGUAAUGUAUGCAUGGAAUGUUUCAUAAUGUAAACUUCUCCAACAAAAGGAAAUGGGAUUGUUUGAAAUACUUAUAAUAGAGUGUAAACUACAUUAAACAUACACAGUUGAUGAAAUUAAAAGGACUCGUAAUUGAUCUAAGGAAUUCUCUUUCUGUACUUUUCGGCUUUAUAAGAAUUAUGUAGAAAAUGAAACAAUUUCUUGUCAUUCUAUAUUUAAUAAUGGAAAAAGUAGUCCUGAUACCUAUAUUCAAUUUUACAUAAUUUCAAAGAGGAGGCCAAGAGCAUGUUUAAUACGGUUUUUGGAGAGACUGUAGGCAUUCUAGAUAUUUUCAUUUGUCAACAAUGGACAAAACUCUGAGAUUUGUAGCUUAUUUCCUUUAUAUUUCAUAGAAAACAGCAGUUUUAAAACAUGAUUUUUUCAUUGUGUUUACCAAAAAAACUUAAGCCUCAGUAAACCCUAUCAAACAAAGCUGUUGUUGAAUCAUCAUUGAAAGAAUUAGCUUACAUCUAUAAUUUCAUAAACCUGUAGGCACCUUCUAUAUGUUAGAUCUUUACCUUAAGAAGCAGUUUUCUUUUUAUUCUUAAUACAUGCAAUUAAUAGCAUCGCUAUGAAAGGACUUGCUUUUUUAGUUACAUGUAUUUAAAUGAGAAGAAAAUGCUAUCCUAUGCAGGUAUUUAUGAAAAUCCUGAAGACUGCAGACUCUCUGCUUCACAGUUGUCCAACUUUACACAUAGUAAAGUUUGUACCGGUACUUGAGGUUACACAUAUUGACAUGCAGUGAUUUAUUAAUACAAGUAAAACAGAGGUUACAAACUUCAAAUGAAUAACAAGCUUAAAAUGUAAUGGUACAUGUAUAUAUUAAGAUUGCUUGUUUCAAAUAAGUCAUACUUGGUAUGUUUGGCAAGCCACUUGUCUAUAAUACAUGUUCAUUGUACAUGCAAUUUAUCAUGGUACAUGUAAUACCUUUAGAAUAUCAUCUUUUUUUUUAUAUAAGUUUUUGUUAAAGUACUCUUAGAAACAGUUCUCAUAGUUUACCUGUAAAAUAAUACCCUGUUCUUGUUUAAUUUGUACGAAAAUACUGAUGGUCUUAUUCAUCUAUACAAAUCCUCUAAUUUCCAAAGUUUCUCAGCGUGGGUUUUGAAUGCAGUUGUCAUGUUCAGUAGCUGUAAUUUGCUAUAAAUGCUACGGUACUUCUGAGGAGUCAAAUAACAUUUGACACCCACCUUUGAUUUUUCUGGUUUGUGCAUAUUAAAGAACACCUGCUAUUGUUUGUAAGUCUCUUUAUGUGUGGGCGCAAAAUCUUGCAAUUGGAUAUAGACUGUAUUUUUCUAUUGGAUGACAAGAUUUUGACCUUUUUCAAUUAUUUUCGUAUAGGGAAGCGCUACUAUCAGAAUCUCAUGAAAGUGACAGUUCUCAUAGGGAGAAAAUCAAUUUUUUUCCCUGCCGAGACGCUAUAUAAUGUGGAAAUAAUUUCGGUGUGUUUGAAUUAUUGGGGGACGAAUUGCUUUUACUCUUUCGUUACCCCAACAAAAAGAAUUAGUGUUGAUGGUUCGUCUCCCUGAUAAAUCUUUUGAAGAGAAUAAGCAUUUCAUUGCAUCCGAAUGAUCUUCCUCUGCAUGUUUUGAGAUACAUGGCUGCAAAAAAUGGGGAAUUCUUGAUGGUCAACGAACUGACAGAAGAAAACCGAAAAGGAUGGUGUAACGACCCAAGAGUAUUGAAUUUAGAAUCUUUAUCUACUUCUUCAGGAGAAGAAAAUCUUUUAAAGGAAAGUGAACAUAGAAAGUCUGUAAGUGAUUCAGUAAAAAACAAAAACCCAAGUCACCACCAAAAUGUGCCUUAUCAAGGGACUCCAUCAAAGAACCACCACGAGCAUGUAGAAUGGGAUGACGGUAGUCUAGGGGAAUGGCAUAAACAACUUGAUUGCCAUGGAAACCAACAGUGCAAAAGUCAGUGUCACAGCAAACUAGUUUCGAAAUGGUCGGAAUAUUUCCCACCGACUCCCAGUAGAUGUAUCAAAGUUGAGGAGAGGCAGAAGGAGUCAACGAUUAGCCCGAAUUGUCCCCAGAAGAACAGUUUCAGUCAGUCGGCAGGGCAUCGCGAUCACAACAACACUGUUGAAUCAGGGACUGAUCUCGCGGAACUUUGGGAUGAUAAGUAUGAUUUUGAAUUGUUCAAAGAAAGCCCUAGGAAACUGAUAGGUGAUAUUUCUGUCGAGCAUGGUAACAUUAUAGAAGACAAGGUUCAUGUGCUUUAUUCAGGGGAGGAGAUUGAAAAAUCACAUCAAAGUUCUUAUGCGAGUUUUGCCAGAAAUAAACACAGGAGUUUGAAGGACAUCUUCUGCAGAGGGAAGCAGUUUUUAAAGUCGAAGGUUUCAAAUUACAAGAACAAACUGUUGAACAAAGACAUUAUUUCUUCGGGAGCAGAAUUAAGGGCUGCUGCUCAAGAAAUAUCUGAGACAUCUACAGCUGCUGUUGUUGAAGACAGAAGAAGGUAUCUGAUGUCUGCGAAAGAAAAUCAAUGCAAUGAAAUUCACUGUGAUAAACCCAGAAUCAAUGGAUUCGCAUCUACUGCUGAAGAAAUCAAUGGACAUCCAGAGGACCAGGUGAAAGGUCAUGAGGUCGUGGGGUCAAGUGCCAAAAGGAGAUCUAGAGACUUGAUCUGUGAUGAGGAGGUCAUCUCAAGCCAAAUUAACCCUCAGGAAGAAAGAGAAGAAACACCCAUAGCAAGGCUGGAAGAUGAUGCUGCUGAAGAAGAGCAGGUGGAAGAGGAAGAAGAAAUUCCUCUGGGAUCUGAAGCUCUUUCCUUGAAAGCAGAUAGAUCCACCCCUAGUAAACAGCCGGUGGACAAGCGGCUGGGAUGGCUUCUAAGUGAUUCGGCCAACACCAGCAUUGGGUCGGACUUCUCACAUAACAGUGAUAUCAGUCUGGAUAUGCUGCUAUCUGAACGCACCAGAGAUCCAGAGGAAAUUCUUACAAACUUAGGAUUUGUUGGAUCUGAGGACACAGAAGCAGACGAUCUUCAGCGGCUUCCUGAGAGAUUCCUUGAGCAGCAGUCCAGUGCCAAUGGAAUCGAUGUCAAAACAAUUGACUUGAAUCGCCUGCUCAGCUUGUCGGAGCACGAGGAAAUGCUAGAGCGCAUCAAUACUUCCAAAAUGAACGCUGAAUUCGCUGGUCAGGGUCACCCUCAACUAGGUAAUGUGCUUGCUUCUGUUAUGAAUGGCAUGAAAUUUCUGAAUGCAAUUAACCAAAGUCAAAAUCCGUCCCGAAAUUCCAGUUUUGAUUCGCGACAAAGUGAUGAUAGUGUGCUUCAGAAUCCGAAAAAUCGUGAAUUCUUGGACAAACAAGGAUUUUACAAACGUCAUGACAAAAAGACGACGAAAAAUGAAAACACAGCGUCGCCAUCCCAAAGCAGAAUCAACAGGUCACAGUCUCUGGAUGCAUCAGAGAGACGGAAAAAGUUUCAUCAAAUGCGGUCAAGGAAUUUUUCUACGCAAAUCCUGGAAUCGGAUGAGAGCAACUUAUCAGAGGAGAAAUCGCCAUGCAGGGAUAGUCGAGAUAGUUCUUUGUUCCGCAGCGUCACAAGCAUGGAAUACUCAGACUCUUUCGAAAGCACGGAAGGCCGCGAGGAUUCCAUGGACAAGAGGCUCGAGAUGGGAAGGUUGGCCGUUCAGAACAACGACGACUGGGAUAUGGUGCGACCAGCUGUAAGUCUGGGGGACAUUUCAACGACCUUAAAGAGCCCUAAAAAGGAUGAAUUAAUAGACAAGCAAGUGUCAAGGCAAGUGAGUGACGAAAUUAAACCCACGCAAGUGAUGAACAGUGAGUCAGUUCCAACCACCGGAUUUAGAUCUGCUGCUUAUUCGGCUGGCCUGCAGAAACUGCAGGAAAUGAGGAAAAGUCUGGUGCAGAAAUCGAUGGCAUCGCAUGACUUGGACGAUGAUUACGAAGUGACCUCACCUCCCCUUUCAAAACAGUCAAGUUUAGAAAGCACCCUCACAGCGAAGGAAUUCCGAACGAAAACGUCCUCUUCAUGUACCCUGAAGGCCGAGAGUUUAGAUGCUCAUGACGACCAGGUGGAUUCAGUGUUUCCGGCAGAAGAAGGAGAGAAGUCUGCGCUGUCUAAAGCAUUAGGGCCAAGAAGUCAUGUAUCAUUUAGUGAUCUGAAAAUACCCGAGCUGAUGUUGAAUGCUGGUUCAUUCCCGAUCAGCGACAAAGAAACCUUAGGUGGCAUGGGUCGAAUGGAGAGUAUCCAAUCGGACAGCAGCGGCUUUGCUGAGGGGGACACAAUCACCGACCACCAGGCGAGGGAUGCUGAAGACAGGGUGUCCAGUUUGGGGAGUAGUGCAGAGAGUGACCAGACCUCCAGGAGUAACGUUACAGUCAUAGACAGCCACAAUCAACAAUCUAGUCAACGGAAAACUUCCAUCUCAAAGGAUAAGACCAAAACCAAAGUGGAAAAAGUGGACAUAGCUGUGGAAACGGAACCCAUCCAUCAAUCAGUGGAUUCUGGCAUUGAGCCAAUGGCUCCAUCAAUUACUUAUCAUCUGCAUCAGAGAGAGGACACAGCGUUGUCUGCUGAGGAAGGAGGCAAUGAAAAAUCUGUUGUGUUGACGAUUGAGCUACCGAAGGACUGGUUGAACAAUCAAGGGAGUUCCACUUCAAGUGUUGUGUCGCAUUUAUAUAAAAACAUUGGAAUCUCUAGUCAAGCAGUGUCGUCUGCUUCCCACACCGAUGUUCGAACUGCAGGCUCCUCAAAUUCUCAGAUUCUGCCAGAGAAAAUUCAGGCUGAUCCCACCAGAGCGAAACCCAUCCGAUCCCACCUGAAUCCCAAGUGGGCAUCUACUCCCAGCAUAGUGUCCCCCCAUAAACAAACUAGCAGACAUAGCGAUUCCACAGGGCAUAGGUAUUCCAAGAGAAAACUUUAUAACCGGGGCCCACUGAGGGAGAAUGGUCAUAACGGAAGCUUCAGUGAGCACUCAGUGGACAAAACGGACAGUGAAAUGAGUAGUUCCUUUGAUCAUGAGAGUGAGUGUUCAUUCGUUUCAAAUACGGACAGUAAUUCCAGUCUGAAAGAUGAACAUGUUGAAUAUGUCAAGCUGCUGAGGCUUGUAAACAAACCAAUGUCUUUCAAGGUCACAGGAUACACUCCUAGCAAAUACAGACCGAACCUUAAAUCCUUACCUCAUAUGGACAGGCAACAGUAUUUAGAAGAAGAAUCCAAGUUGCUGCAGUACGCUCUACAAAAGUACAAACGAGAACUUCAAGCCAUGGAGACAACCUUCCAGGUCAACAGUGAGCUGGCCGACAAAGAGUUAACAGAGGAGGAGAGGGAGGAAUUGGAGGAGUUUCAGUCCCUUUGGAAGGAGGUCCGGCGCGAGAUAAACGAGAUGGAACAGCUGAUUGCCAAUCGUCUCGGGGGACUGGUGAUGGGCAACGACAACUUUAACCCCCUACUGGCCCUGGAAAUCAUCCACAAGAUGACAGAGUUGAUCAAGGAACAGUUCUUCCAGCACCAGAUGUCCCAGAACAAGGACGACGAGAUCGCGGCCAUGGAAACGACCUCUGGGCACUGGCCCUCCGAGGGGUCAAUAUCCGGGCUCCAGUCGCUGUAUGGGGACGAGUCUAUUCAGGAGAGCCUCUCAGACCUGAAGGAGUCAAUUUUACAAGAAGUACGACAAGAAUUACAGGAGAGCACCCAGUGGCUCCAAAAGGAGAUGAGGAACAAAGAGAGAGAACUGAACAAACUAAGGAUGGAGGUCAUGUCCCAGAGCAUAAAGAAAGGAAGCACCCGACAGAAGCAUUACUAUGAGACGGAUGUCUAACCAAACUGAAAGUAAAAGUAGAAGUAAAAGUGACUGCCAAGGGAUUGAUGAAACAAACAUUAUCUACAGACACCUAAUGUGACAGGAAGUCAAUAACAAUUAACAAAUUGAUCUGAUUUAUGAAUAUGAAAUGAAUGUAUUGAUAGAGAAGCAAAAAUAUUUACAAUUUUUGAAGUAGUACAGAGAAAUUGAUGAAUUAAUGAUGAAAAGAUGGACAAGUGGUGCGUGUACAAGAAAGUUGCUGUUUGGUAGCCAGUAUUCUGGUUACAAUGUUCAAAUGAAAUAUGUUGAUUUUUAAUUUUUUUUUUUACAAAUAAAGGCAUCAGGUACAUGUAUACUUAAAUAUUUUUAAACUACAAUAAUAUCUUUAUCUUUUUGAAAGUUAAAAUGUGUUUUGCAAUGAUUGUUGAAAUUAUUUGAUAUGAAGCUUUCAGUUUGCUUUCUUUUCUCUUUCAGUACAUGUACUAUGAAAAUUGAUUUUGAACUUAAUAUAUGUUUCAUUUGACGUAUAAAAUAUGUGAUUGCUCUGAUUGAUAAAAUGUAAUGUGCAUGUUGAUAAAAUAUUUUUUACUGAAAUGAAAUAUAGGAUUUUAUUGAUUUUAUUUUAGUAUUUACUUAAUAUUGGACGAUAUCUUUUAUAGCUACUGUAGAAAGUCUUUCCAUUGUUGUGUGACUGUUGGCAUUUUUACAUUCCUGGGGUGUUUUUUUUAUCUAUAAUAUAUUUAUUUUCAUGACAAAUGUUAAAUGUUCUCUAUAUUUUUAUAACCAAUGUUCAACCAGCAAUAUUGAUAAGUCAAUGUGCAUUUCCAUGUAAACAACUUUGUUCUUUGAUGCUAAUUUAAAAUGCCAUUUUAUAUACAGUGCAUUUGAACCAAUAUUUUCUGUUCAUAUAUAAAAUUUCUUCCUUUUUUUUUAAUUGGUCCCAUGCAUGUUCAGAAUUACACAUACUGUAGUGGUUUAUUGAACCGUAAACAAUGACACUCUAAAGAUGCUGAAAUGUGAAAGCCAAAAUCUGAAUAUGUGCAAUUAUUUGUUGAUCUACAUUGUAGGAAGUCAAUUUUUUUAAUUUUGUAC